UCGGGAUUUAUUUCCCCUUCGCCCACAACGUCUCGGCAGCUCGGCGCGGUCUGGGGGAAGGAGAGGCGAGGAUGGCAAUUCGUGUGUGUCUGCCGUAGGUGGAUGGCAGCUCCGAUCGGAUACGCAUUGAACCCCGAGCAUCUCGCUGUUGAUUUGAUGUGAAGAAUAGGGGUGUUUUCGCAGAGGAGCUGGCCGCUGGAGGUUGCCAUAGUUACCAAGUGGGGCGCCAAGAUCUUGAUACAUACGGCCACAUUGAGAAAUAAUGGCUGACCUGGUGGCAUUGUGGGAAGUAGCUCUCAGCGAUGGUGUUCAUAAAAUAGAAUUUGAGCAUGGUACCACCUCAGGGAAGCGAGUAGUGUAUGUUGAUGGAAAGGAAGUCAUAAAAAGGGACUGGAUGUUCAAGCUUGUUGGGAAGGAAACCUUUGUAGUUGGGGCAACUAAAACAAAAGCAACAAUCAACAUUGAUGCAAUCAGUGGCUUUGCGUAUGAAUAUACUUUGGAGAUCAAUGGGAAAAGCCUAAAGAAAUAUUUGGAGAACAGGUCUAAGACUACAAAUACGUGGCUACUAAAUCUAGAUGGAAUAGAUUCUCGAAUUGUGCUGGAGAAAGACACCAUGGAUGUUUGGUGCAAUGGAAAGAAGAUGGAGACGGCGGGAGAAUUUGUUGAAGAUGGCACUGAGACUCAUUUUACAAUUGGCAAUCAUGACUGCUGUAUCAAAGCUGUGAGCAGUGGGAAACGAAGAGAAGGAAUUAUCCACACUCUUAUUUUGGAUGGCCAAGAAAUCCCAGAAAUUGUUGAGUAAUUUCCCGAAUGGCAGCUGUGCUAAAGAACAAAGAUCUUUCAAUUUAUUGGUAAAUCAGUUGUUGUAAUAUAAGACACAUGAUGAUAAUGAAACAAUUCUAUUUCUGAUCAGUUGGGGAAAUUUGUGGUUUUGUGCAUAAUCACCCUCUAGUUGCAAUAGGAAGUGAAUUGUUGAUUUUAAAUUACUCUUACUGUCAAAAGCAUUUAAAACAAGCAUUUGUAUUGAACAAUACAAUUUUUGCUCCUAUAAUACCAAGUGAGCAAGAUACGUUUUUGAUAUAGGUACAAGUUGAAUUUUAAAAAAUGCAGGUAUAAAUUAUGAAUUCAAAAGAUUCAACACAUUUAUCCAGACAUUGGGUUUCAUCUUUUAGCUGUGCUGAGCUGAAGUGUCACUGUGCUUGGAUUAAUUUGGGUCCUCCCCAAAAAAAUAGUGAAAUUAGCCUAAAAAACAUGCACUAAAACAGGACAUGAACAUAAUCUGAUGGGAUAACGGUCAGUUGAGCACAGCAGUGAUGCCUUUAUUGAUGAAGGAGAAAAGAAGUUAAUGUUUCAGGUCAGAUUGCUCUGACCAAUGAUCUUGACCUUACUGUCUCUUUCCACAGCCUGACCUAUUUAAGUGUUUUCAGCAUUUUCGACUUUUGUUUCAGAUUCCCAGCUGCUGCGGCUGCGGUUUCCAUUUGAUAGGGUGGCACAGUGGCAAAGUGGUUCGAUCAAAACUUUACCAAACAGACUAUCUGGGUUCAAUUCCCACUGCUGUCUCUUAGGAGUUUGUAUGUUCUCUUCAUGACACCUGGGUUUCUUCCAGGUGUGCUAGUUCCUUCCUGCAUUCCAAAGACAUCACAGUUUUGGUAGGUUAAUUGGUCAUUAUAAAUUGUGAUUAGACUAGUGUUAAAUUGCUGUGCAGCAUGUUUCGAAGGGCCAAAAGGGCCUCCUCCACACUGUAUCUCAAUAAAUAAAAUAUUUAUGUCAUGUAAUCAGUGAAGGUGGAUGUCGAAGACAGGAUAUGAGGGAUUAUUAAGUGUUAUCUGCACCCACCCCACCCCCACCUGAUUACUGAUGAACUAUGUUAUUGGGAUCCAUCAAAACCUGGAGAAGGUCAUUUGAUUUGCUUUGGGAGCUUUGGCUUUGCAUACUCCUGACAAGAAAGAUUCAUCUUCUGCAUAGAAAACUUGCUUUCUCUACCUAAUUGGUAGAUAGAUCUGUGUCUUAGCCAGAACAUCUCUCCUAAUCGCUCAUUUCUUCCCUGUUGCUGCCACUCUUCUGGUUUGGCUUCAAUAUCCAGGACCUUGCAGCUGGUUCUCCAGCACUAGCUGCUGUCUUUGAUUAGCCACAUUACACAGAAUUUACCACAAUGUAGACUCCAUGCCUUGGGUGCUACAAGUUGUAGGAUGACACCGUACCAGUGAGAGGAAAAACCUAAUAUUUGGAAGACUAGUAGAUUUAUUACAAUGAUUUUGUUAUUUGCAUGAUUCUUGUUGUAUGACUCUGCUUCUUCAUGUCCUGGCCAUUCAGUAAAGGAGCUGAGGUAUCCAUUAAAUUGAUUUUUCUCUGCAGCAAAGUGAUACAGAAAACACUCCUUGUUACAUGUAAAAUGUUUUAUGGUCUCCAAGGUGUGUGUCUGUCUGCCUAUCUAUCUCACUAUAUUUGGUCUUACUAGGCACAUUCCAUUCAUUUCAUUUUUUUAAAAUUGGAACUAAAUAAAUUAUCAUUAAUUUUCUACAUUGCACUAUACAUUCCCUGCCUUUUCAUUGGCUAUGCUAAAUAGUCCAAGCCUUCCCUAGUAAUACUCUGCAACUCUUUCUUGCUACAUUGACAACUGCAUUGCUGCCGCUUCAUAUCCCCAUGCUGAGAUCGGUUUCAUCAACUUGGUCUCCAAAUUCCACCCUGCCCUUAAAUUCACUUGGUCUAUUUGUGACACCUCUCUCCCCUUUCUCGAUCCCUCUGUCUCCAUCUCUGGAGACAAACUGUCAACAGACAUCUUUUAUAUACUUAGGAAUUUCCAUGGUUUUCUUGACUAGUACUACUUUCCUCCCUGUCACUUCUCAAAAUGCUAUUUCCUAUCUCUUGUAUGUGUGUAUACAGGGAAACUAUUCCUCUUGUCCUCACCUACCACCCCAUGGUCAUAGAUUUCUUCAGGGAACCUUUUUUCCUCUUUUACCCCUUCUGUUUCCCUCUUCUAUUCUCCAUUCUGGCCUCUUACCUCUUCUCCUCACCUGCCUAUCAUCUUCCUUGAUACCAUUGCUUCUUCCCUUUCUCCCAUGGUUCACUCUCCUCUCCUACCAUAUUCUGUCUUAUCCAGCCCCUUUACCUUUCCCACCCGCCUGACAUCAUCUAUCACAUUCUAGCCUGUCCUCCAGCCCCUCACCCCACCCUUUUAUUCUGGCAUCUUCCCCUUUCAGCCCUAAUUAAGGGUCCUGAUCCAAAAUGUUGAUUGUUCAUUCUUUUCCGUAGACGCUGCCUGACCGUCCGAGUUCCUCCAGCUUUUUGUGUGCGUAUUGCUCUGAAUUUCCAGUAUCUGCAGAAUCUUGUGUUUACAAUACACUUCGAUAAAAACCACAGAUAAAAUUAGAUUUCCUUCUGUUUCUUGUGUAAGUGUAUAUAUUAAUGGUAAUGAAUGUUAUUAAUAAGGCAGAAACAUGGGCAAGGAAGGAAUUUUGUGUAUAAUAAAUGACAUUUUGACUUCAUGUGGAAGUCCAGAGAAAAUGUCUUUACUGCUACAACAAUGGACAGCACAAAUUGGACUCUAAAGAGGAAUUAAUAAAUGUUUGAAAAGUUCUUAGGUUAGAAUGUUCUUUGUCGUUUUACACUGAGCAAUAUUGACCUAGGGAUGCAUAUUAUAUUCCUACAGAGUUUUUUUGCAGAAGACUUUGAUAUAGAUUUCUUUUAUAUAGACUAUUUAAUACAAAUAAAUAAUUUUAUAUUGUAGUUGUCUGAUUUUUAUCUGAGCAUUAAAACAGAAUU